AUGACUGGGGGUGAAGUUAUGAUCGUUCUCAAGACCGAACUAAAGGGACUGCCUACCCGUGAGCGACUUACAAGAACCGAAGCUCAAGCAAUCACCAAAAAGCUCGAAAGCUACGUGGAGGCGGUACGCACCCACCUCCAAAUGGCGCAACAACGAAUGUGCGACCAAGCCAACAAGCACCGCCGGGAACCCGAUUUCGGAAUAGGAAGCGCCGUCUACAUUAUUAAAAAGCAUUGGGUGACGGACCGUCCUAGCGAUAAAUUAGACUACCCGUUGACCAGAUGUAGUUAUGUGAUCAAGGAGAAGCGGGGGCAUUCCUACCAUUUGGAGUUGCCAGACUCUUGGAAAGGGAGCCGCGUAUUUUAUGCCGACCGUCUUCGGCUAGACCCACGUGACCCAUUGGACGGACAAGCCGCAGAAAGGCCCGAAGGCGAGGUAAUCGACGCGUCAAAAGAUACCAACGAAAAGGAGUGGGAAGUCGAACGGGUAAUUUCCUCGCGGGUGCUACAAGGUGUGCUUCAGUACCAAGUCCAGUGGAGAGGUUGGGACCCCGACCCGGAGUUCUACGACGCGGAAGGAUUUAAGAACGCGGCUGUGCAAUUGCGACAAUACCAUAACGCCUAUCCCGACAAGGCCGGCCCUCCCAUGCGCCUAGAGGCCUGGGAAAAGGCUGCCCUCGAGGAUCGGUUCGACCCGCCCGACGAGUACGACAACGCCCCGGCUACGGGGAACAGCACAGCCCGCAGGUUGCGACGUCGCCGGUGA